GGCGGAGGGCUGAAAACUAACUUUACCAACAUUAUUUCCGACCGGGAAGGAUUUUCACAUUCAGCAGAGAGGCUUCGACGGCGCAACAGGCGACACCUGGCCGACAACGAGGAAGAAAAUACAAAGCUGUCUUGUUUGCUCAGGCCUCUCAGAGAAGCUGCACAUCAUGGUUGGGUGUUUUUCCUUUGUGGUCUGUCUUUGCCUGGUGGUGGUCGUCAGUGGUGAACCCUGCCUCAUCAUCAGCGAGGUCAACGCCGACAAUCCGAGACUGGACACCACUGAGUUUGUGGAGCUGUACCACACCAGUGGACAACGGGCUUCGCUGGACGGCUACACCCUUGUCUUUUAUAAUGGAAAUGGAAAUAUAGCCUACAAGGUGCUGGACCUCAAAGGCCAGAGCACAGACGACAGAGGUUUCUUCCUGGUGGGCUCAGUGGACAUGCUUCCCAAACCGGCCAUCCUCCUGCCUCCCAACACAGUCCAGAACGGCCCAGACGCCAUCGUCCUCUACCACACAUCUGCUGCUCGCUACAGUGAGAAGAUGAACGUCACCACUGCCGGGCUGGUGGACGCCGUCGUGUACAUGACUCGCCGUACCGGGGACACAGAGUUCCUUGCUGAAACCCUGACACCGGGAGAACCAGCCUUCGUUGAGGAUGAAACAGCACUUGAGGCGGAUGAGUCAAUUGAGAGGUGCCUGCUGUCCGAAGAUCGCUGGGGCUUUCAGGUGUCGUCACCAUCCCCUGGUCAGCGAAACAACUGCACCCCGCCUGCUGCCCCAGCAACCAGUCCUGUCAUUACUGAGCUGAAGCUGGGAGGAGGGCAGGUGGACGGGUUUGUGGAGCUGUCCGACGCCCCGGCUGCAGGUCCUCUGGUGCUGGUCGUGCUGGAUGGGAAAACGGACAGAGUCAGUGUGAGCGUGGACGUGAAUGUGCAGACGUCUAGGAACUGGUUGACCAUAGAGAAGAACUACAUGAAAGGAGAUGAGUCUGGGGCAGUGGCCGUUUACAGCGGCAGAGCCUCAGACUUCCCUGUGGGCAGCCCACUGAGCCAGAUACAGCCUUUAGAUGCAUUUGUGUUCGCUGGGCCUGGAAACAAGCCUAGUGCCAACCUCACUGAGACUCUCAUCCCAGGCAGACAGCCCUACCAACUCAGCAACAGUUUGAGAGAGGGAGGUUUCUCUCUGAGUCGCUGUGGUGUGGCCUCCUGGGCCAGAGAUCCCGGUGUCUUCUGGGAGGCCCCGCAAACUCCUGGGCUGCCCAACCUGUGCCCCUGGCCAAAGAUCUGCCCUCAUAGUAUCGUGAUUCCAGGAGGUACAGAGUCGCCGCCUCACCUCCCACCAUGGGGGAACAGCGACUUCCUUAUCAAUGAGCUGAACACUGACACACCGGGCGCAGCUGAAGAUGGCGAGUACAUCGAGCUUUGGCACCCGUCAGGUCGUCGGGUCUCCCUGCAGGGGAUCUGGAUACUGCUGUUCAGUGCACACAACAACAGACCGUACAGGGAGAUCAGCCUGAGUGGACACUUCACCACUUCUAAGGGUUACUUUCUGCUGGGCAGUGACAGGUUGGUGCCGGCUCCAUCACUUCGCCUGCCUCCCAAUACCAUCCAGAAUGGACCAGACGCUGUGGCGCUCUAUCGCAGUCCUUUUGGUCCCCCGUCUGCUGCACAAAGGGGGAUUCCCACUAAAGGCCUGCUGGAUGCAGUGGUGUACCGGCAGAGAGGAUCAGAUAAAGAGGCGCAGGAGUUGAGUAAAGCUCUGACCCCAGGACAGCUGCCUCUGUUGGAGGAUCCAGAGGUUCUGCCUGGUGAUGAAGCUCUCAGUCGCUGUAGAGGCCUUUACCCUCAUGACCUGUCUGCUUUUUCAGUGGCUCCACCCACCCCUCUGAGGGAGAACAGCUGUCCCCGCCCACCUCCAGCCCCUGAGGGUGUGGUCAUCAGUGAAGUGGCUAGUGGCCACUGGACCAAUCACAGCCAACAGAGGGCCUUCGUGGAGCUGCAUGGGCCCCCGAUGACAGAUCUGCAGGGUUUGGUGCUCACCGUGUUUGACCAGGAGCGCAGCGGGACCAUCAUUGCUCUUCCUCUGACGGGAUGUGUUGAUCAGGAUGGAUUUUACAUUGUUGGAAAUGUCACUGGAGCAGAUCAGACUUUCCCAGAAGGCUCCACGGUGCCGGUACGGGGUGCGGUAGUCCUGUGCUAUGACCUGUUCAGUGUCUGCAGAGCUGGAACUGCUCUGACCAACUCCAGUUUAAGAGAUGUACUUGUGUUCAGUGAAAACCAGAAGCUGCUCUCCUCUCUGUCGACCACCAGAGGGAGACAAGUGAUUCCAGCUCUCAGGUCGGUGGAAGAUGGUCCUGUCUCGCUCAGCCGGUGUUCAUGCUGUGAGGUGAGAAGCCCCUCCUCCUGGACAAGCUCCUCACCCACACCUCACAGCACCAACCUCUGUCCGAGCCCCGCCUUCUCAAGUCAAAUUGACCUUUGCCUCGGACCCCUCUCCAGUGACUGGCACGAGCAGUCAGGAGACUGCAGUGGUCUGAUACAGGGGAAGAGAGUCGCUGAGGUGGCCGACUACCUGGAGAAGAGAUGUCACUGUGGCAUCUCCGCCUUGUAUCUGCAAGGAGCCAACUUUUCUUGUGUGUCCGGGUGGCUGCGAGUGUGGGGGAACAUCCAGGCGCUGUCGGACCACCAGAAGGCCCUCAUCAUCCAGACGUCGCACAUGAAUCCUUCAUCGGUUCAGGGAGACGUCUGUGCUUCUCCAACCAUGGACCGUUACACAAGCACAGCAUCUACCCUGGGGUUACAGAUCGGGCUGAUAAUAGCAGUGCUCCUGCUGCUGGGACUAGGAGCUGCUCUCUUCACAUAUUUCUACAGGAGGAGGCGUCCUCUGGACUACUACACCAUGGAGCUGAGUGAACACGCAGAGGGACUGUCAGACCUAUAAUCCAGGCUUUGAAAUCACUGCGUCUGCAUCUGGAAGGUGUCGUGUGCGUGGGAGGACUUGAGCAGAGAGAGCGAGAGACAGGGGUAAUCAGAGGUGAAUUUGACCUGUGCGUAACUGAUUGUGUGGUUGUUUUGAAACGAAAAAUGCCACCACAAGUGUCCUUCUCUGUGUCUGCGGGAGAUCACUGAUGAAAAAUGACUUGUAGUUGUCUGUUAACAGCGCAGUUGCAUCCAGUGUGUGACGUGAUAUUUCAUGGCACCGGUGACGUCAAAAUCAGGCAACCCACGAGUUGAAUUUAAAAAGAUAAGAUAAAAUCAUAUUUAGUGUCCAACCUUUGCCUGUGAACUGUGCUGGUUAUUACUUUUAAAGGAAAAGGAAGAUAAAAGGGAGGAUUUUUUUUUAAAUACUUGAGUCCUGAAUGGUCAUUUUUGUUGACUUGUUUAUGUUACUGUGGAAAAAGCCUGUAAAUUUAAACAAUUCAAACAACCGUGCUCUUGAUUUAUGCAGGAAGCUCUAUCAGUUUAAUGAACUUCCCAUCAUCACAUUCUCAGCUGGUACUGCGGUGUUUUAACAACAGGCUUUUUUAACCAAGAUAAUAUUUGUUAAGCUCACAUUUAUUCUUCAGAAUGGGUUGACUUCCUGCUUCAUUUUCCCGCUGCGUGCUGUAGUCCAGUUUAGACUUUAGUCAAUCUAAGGGCUUGAUUGUCUUUUUAAAUGUGAAUGUCUUUAGCUAACUUGUGAUGAGUGUCUGUAACCACUUUUUUAUGCUUACGUAAAGCAAACUGUUUACAUUUUCUUGAUUUGAAAAUUAGAAAAAAAGAAAAAGGGGGUAUGAAAGGCGGAUGUUGAAGUAAUUUCUUGAAUGAAGUGUAUUUGUAUCCUGCGAUGAGAGACUGCUUGGUGUGUUGAGAAGAAGAAAAAAAAAAUCAGCUAUUUUAUGUUCUUGUGAUUUUAGCGGCUCAGAAACUUCUGCUGUGCCUUUGACCUGUGUGUUAUUUGAUCAGCUGAUUCCUCAUUUACUAGAGGGAAAGUACAGCCAUCUCUGCUGCAGCCAUAAUGAUGUUAGUAUUCUCAGGGGGCGGGGGAGGGGGGGGCAUUUAUACGCAAUUUAAAGUGAGAACUCAUUGUAGAAAUACAGAGAAAUUUUGAUUGGUUAAGUUGAUUUUUUUAAUAGAUUCUAAAAAUCAAAGUUUAUACAAAAUAAUCAUCAACUUGCCAAGACAAAGUGCCAUGAAAUAAACAUAUAUACUUGGAUAUGCUCCAUUUUUGAUGAUGUCAAUGUGCCGCUUGCCUUGUGAUGUCGCCUUACUCCUCUGCAGAGGUGCACAGAAUUUCACUUUGUUUGCUUUAAAUACCUUGGUGAGGAGAUUUUCAUCCUCAGUGCCAUUUUCCUCAGUUCUGAUUUCUCAAUAUUUCUUAAUCCUCCCCUGUCAAGCAAAAUUAACCCCAUGAAAUCAGAUUUAUUAGCAGCAACACUGCGGCUCUCAUAUAAGUCCAUCAGUUUGGUAAAAAUGAAAAAACGACAUGUAAAACCAGAAAAGUUAUUUAAAUUAAGGCCUUUUUAGCUUUCAAAGUGAACAAAUAUGAUUUUUUCCCUUGUAAUUGUGUUAUGCAAUAUUCUUGAAAUGCCUUUUAUUGUAAGCUUAUAUAUUUUUAGGUUUUACAUAAAAUAGUACAUAUAGUAAGUUUUAAACAUAAAGCACGUGGAGGCGAGUGCACCUCAAGAUAAUAUGUUGAGAUGCAAAUAUGUCGACUCUCGAAUGAAGUAAUAAAAGAAGCUACACAAUGCUGAAUGUUGCUGUAGCACUUUGGCUCAGAGCACUUGUUUAAUGUGGGAAUCACAUUCAUCUCUAUAUACUGUAUUUAUAUAAAGAGCACUGACAACAAUCUAUAGAAGUGGAAAAGAACAAAGUGGCAGAACAAAGUUUUUUCACCUCAGUUGCAUAUUCAGAUCAGGAGCAGUAGUCUUCAAAUCUUAACAUGACUGUAAGCAAAACCAGAAACUCACAAAUCUUAUUAUGGGGCACUAGAAGUCUGUUAACAUGCGGUAAAUCUUCAUGGUCUACUUACACACUGAACAACAUGUCACAGGAAACACUGGAAAGAAAACUUUGUAUCAUCUGCAACCCCGGGUCAUAAUUUAAAAGCUGUCUUUUCAGUGUUUGCCUUCCAGUUUAUUUCCCCUGUUUUCCCUCCAAUGUCAUGUAUGUGUAGCAGGUUUGAAAUAAAAUAAUUCCACAGA